AAACACGCACGGGCACAUGUUUUCACUCGUGCUACUGCAAAAGUGUCCUAAAUAUUAAAUCGUUUCGGUUCGGAGUAAAGUGCCUAGGUAGACCUCCAAGCUGGCCACGAUGAGGAAAAAGGCAGCUACUCUUUCGGACAAGCUAAACAAGCUUUUCGCACCGGAAGAACGUGCCGAGGAAUCUGACGAUGAAACUGCACCAAAGUUCAGUGAGUUUGAUGAAACACCGGACGAUGCGGGUACGAAUGCGGCUUUAAGUGAGUUCCGUAAGCGCAACAUUCGAUUUCUGGAAGACUUUGAUCGGAAGUAUAAGGGGGCCGUCUCGUCGCGAAAUGAAACUUUCAGCGAUGAAGAUGCUGAUGAGGAAUCUGAUGAGGAAUCCGACGAAGCGGAGGAUGAUUUGGAUGGUGAUGAAGAUAGUGAAGAGCAGGAGGAGGAUGCAAAAAUGUUUCGAAAAAAGAAACCAAAAUCGCUUGUAUUGCUAAAACCGAACAGCGCCGGUGAUAGCGAGGAAAAUGACGAUAGCGAUCAGGAAGAAGAUUCCGAAGAUGUAACGGAUGAUGAUCAGGAAUCCUUGGCAGAAUACACGGAUAGGAGUAAGAGUAAGCCAUCAUCCACGCCGCAGAUAACAUUGAUCAGGGAAGAAAAUCGUCAGGACGCGAUCAAUAAAGGUCUGGCGGUGCAGAAUCAGCUUAAAAUUUGGGAACGUUUGCUAGAAAUGCGCAUCAAGGUACAGCCCUGUUUAAUUGCCUCCAACAGCCUACCACCGUCAUCGUCGAUCUAUCGCAAUUUUGCAUGCCAGAACGAGGAAUUUCGCCAGAAGUCAGAUCAAGUGACAAAAAUCGUUUCAGAAACGAUGGAACAAAUGCUUGAGCUUCAGGAACUGCUUCUGGGUCGAUAUUCCGAAACGAAAGAUCUACUCAAGAGUGGAUCGAAACGGAAAGCGCCAUCGGUUAAAAACGCUAAUGCGAAACAAAUGGCUUUGGACGGAUACGAGCAGAUACUUGCUAGGCGAUGCAAAGAUAUGGAGGAAUACCGGAACAGCGUGUUAACGAAGUGGCACGAUCGAACAAAUGUUGCUUCCAAGAUGCGAAAUAAUCCGAAGCAGUCAUUGUCGGUGUUGAGAAAAAUAGAGGACAGCCUUAUUAAUCGUGAGGAACUUGUGCGUAAAACGCAACUCUAUCGUGGUGGCUAUACACUGCUGGGAAGGAAAGUAUCGUCGGCGGAAACGAUAUCGGCUUCAGCUGACCUGCGAAAAGAUGAGCCGGAAGCAACGGAAGAACCAUCAACAUCGUCGGUUUACGAUGGAGAAAUUUUCGACGAUUCCGAUUUCUACCAUCAGAUGCUGCGGGAAUUGAUUGAGUACAAAACCAGCACCACCGAUAGUCCGCAGGAGAUUGCCAAAAAAUUGGCGGAAUUACAGAGACUACGCAACAAGAUGAAGAAAACAGUCGACACAAAAGCUUCCAAGGGCCGAAAGAUACGUUACGUCGUACAUAACAAGCUGGUUAACUUUAUGGCCCCGGUAACCGAUUACGACUGGACAGAUGAUGCAAAGGAUGAGCUGUUUGGAUCUCUCUUCGGCCAAACGCAUGCCACGGAAGAGCAAUAAGCAGCGAAAGUGGAACAUAUAAACUAUAUAAAAAAUAAUGUAAUAAACAUGAAACAGAACACGCGAAACAGAAACAUUCUAGAAGCAUGGUCCCAUACAUGAUGAAAUCAUAUUGCAGUUGAAAACCGAAAC